AAAAAAUAUUUCAAGAUGAACUUUACAGAGAAAGCUAAUUGUGGAAAAUUAAAAUCAGGCUUUUUCAAUAGGAGAGCUCCUCGAUAUGGAUCUAAGCCCUUUGUCGGUCUAGCAUCAAAUAGAAAUUCAUCUCUUUCUAAAAGAGAUUCAACUCAGUCAACAAAUUUGAAUUGGGGAAAAUAUCGUCACAGUAUAUCAUCAUCUGGUGUUCACUCUGAGGCAUCAAUAAAUAAUGAAGAUUCCAGAAUAGUGUUAGCAUUGUCAGAAGGAAGAGGAGAAGCAAGAUGUGAAGUUGGUUUAGCAGUAAUAAAUGUAUCACAACCACAUCUAAUACUUUGUCAAAUUUCUGAUACCCAAAGUUAUGACAACACACUCAGAAAAAUUAACAUUUUCAACCCUAGCCAGAUCCUAGUUCCAAUGACUUUUGUUGAAUCAGCAAAUCAGAGCAGGUUGAUUGAGAAGGUUAAAGAGCAAUUUCCACAAGUCAGUUACACACCUGUUCGAAGAAAUACUUAUAAUAAAACUAGUGGAAUGGAGUUCAUUCAAGAACUAUGUGUUUCAUCACAAAAUUCUGUCCUACUGGUUCUCCAGUACAGAUAUUAUGCACUUACAGCUGCUUCUGCCUUAUUCAAAUUUCUACAGAACAAUCUCAAUAUCUUUUACGCAAACAAUUCAAUCAGAAUAGACUACCAGGAAUCAGAGGGUUAUGCUGUGAUAGAUGUUUCUACUGCAGACCGUUUGGAACUGGUAUCUUCUACUAAGCCCCUUCAAGCUAGCAAGUAUUCCACAUUAUUUGGUGUAUUGAACAAUUGUUACACGAGGAUUGGGGAACGGGCUCUGAGAACCUUACUACUGCAGCCACCAUAUGUGACUUCCAUCAUUUUAGAACGUCAACAAUGUGUAACUGCAUUGAUGAGACAUCCUGAAAAGCUACAAAGUAUACAGGUUAUGUUACAAAAGCUAGGCAAUGUGGAUCAGCUUCUGACCCUACCUACCAUUGUUAUUGACGAUUCCCAAUCCUGUUCAAACCGUCAAUUAAAUUACAUCCUCUACUUGAACGGCUUAGUUAAUCUCAUCAUUACCUUGAGCGAAGUGGUUUCGACAUUCGAUCAACAGUUGUUCAAGAAUAUAUCCAAAACGUUGAAAAACCAGGAUUUUCUUGAUAUUAGAGAUUCUGUUAGAACCUUGAUUCAUGAGAACGCUUAUGCAGCAAAGAGCCAUAAUGGGCUGUUGCAGAGAUGCUUUGCCAUCAAACCUGGUGUAAAUGGCCUACUGGAUUUGGUGAGAAAAAUUUAUUCGGAGAGGCUAGACGAUAUGAGGGAGUAUGUGAAAACGCUGGCGGAUAAAUAUGAUUUGCCAUUAACCUUAGGAAAUAACAUCACGAAAGGUUAUCACAUUGUGUUCAGUCUCAAUAAGCACCAAAGGAUAACAAUGAAAAAAUCAGAUAUCCCUAAGGAAUUCAUUCAGGUUUGCCGUUUAGCUGGUAGUUUUACCAUGAAAACGAUGGAGUUGAUCAAUUUUCAAACACGAAUUGAUGAUAUUAUUGCGGAUAUCUUGAAAAUCAGUAAUGUGAUGAUAUUCAAGACUUUAACAUCGUUCAAGAAACAUAUGGGCCUCUUCUACAGGUUGUGUGAGGAUAUAGCCUUAAUUGAUGUGAUCCAAUCAUUGGCAGAGGUUGGCAUAAGGAAUAACUAUGUCAAACCGACGUUUGCCGAUUUCACAGAAGUGAAGGACUCUCAGCAUCCAAUGCUUGAUAUGUUAGCCCACGAGAAGCCAGUGCCUAAUUUGAUUUCGUGCUGCCAAAACUUCAACAUCCACAUCAUAACUGGACCCAACGGAUCUGGCAAAAGCAUUUAUAUAAGGCAAGUAAUGUUGCUACAAGUCAUGGCGCAGAUUGGGUCUUACAUACCAGCAUCGUCAGCUGUAUUUAGACCUGCAGAUCGUCUUUUUGCCCGCGUUUACCUCGAAGACAACAUGGAGUGCGGGGCUUCUUCUUUCGUUCUGGAGAUGAAAGAAAUAAUAUACAUAUUGUCCAAUAUAACCGAUUCUUCCCUUGUUAUAAUCGAUGAGUUGGCUAGAUCGACAUCGCUAGAGGAGGGGGCUGCCCUAGCAAUGGCCAUAUGUGAAUGCUUCGUUAAAAGCUCCGCUUUCGUAUAUUUAACGUCACACUUUACAUUGGUGACUAAACUGGGUGACCUAUAUUUGAAUGUUAAAAACUGGUUCAUGGAGACCGAAGCAUCGGGUGACAGGCCUCAGUCGCUCGAGUUGAAUUUCAAGCACUGCAUCAAAAAUGGGGUAACAAACCUCAAACGAUAUGGCAUCUUCAUGGUGAAGAAUAUCUGGCCAUCUGAUAUUCUAGAAGAUGUAUACAGUCUUCUGGAACACAAUACCAAGACGGAAAAGGAAGUAAGAACAAAGCAAAUAUCGAAAGAACACCGAUUGAGGUAUAAUCUAGAAGCGGAUUUGCAAAAACACAGAAGCGAAGGUGUGAUGAUUCCUUCUAAAAUUAACGAACUGAUGAAUUUUUAUCAUACGGAACUUGAAAAUUCGAAUAUGAAAUUUUAUACCUACAAUACUAACCAGAAAGGAGAACCCUUACAAGGAAAUUUCGGUUAUUUUGAUGAUACUGUGCCUGAAGAUGUUUUGAGUGAAGCGGUAGAUCAAGUUGAGUAUUCCCUAAUCCAAGAAGAUUCCAACGACACUAGUUACAAGAGAUUAUCUUGCUUUAUCGGCGAAAACAGUGAAAAUAUCAACCUGUUGAAUCCGGAAAUUCACAUAUCAUACGAACCCACCAACGAAGUGGGAAUUAAUUACGGUAACUUGAAUAAAAAAGUUGAUAACAAUCCGAAUAUUAAAAUCUUGAGUAAUGUGCUCUUGAAUGGAAACGAUGAACGCGUGGAGAAUAAUUCAAGUCGUAAUUCAAAUAAUAACGUCGAUAUGGAAUACUAUUCGAAUCUGAGAAGUUGUUCUCAAGAAACCGAUGACAACCUUCAAGAUUUCGAGGAAGUUAACGAGAUCAAUAGAAGCUUACUGCAAGAGAUGCAAUUUGUUAAGGAAAACUUCAGUUCGGAAAACCUGUACGAGGUGGAAAAGAUGGAUGACUGUGAAAAACCCAAUUUCAUGGAUUCCCUGGAGAACAGUUACAAACAAGAACAGCACACAGCGACAAAUAUGCAAUUUAAAGAGUGUUCAUUCAAUUCUUUCUCGAGGGAAGACAAUCAGACCGAUUUUUGUUUUUUGAAGCCAUCCGAGCCGCCUUUGAGGAAACGAUUCAAUUCGAAAUCUCCAUUCAAAAGUGAGAGGGAGACUCUGAAUGAAACUGAUCAAAUAACAUUUUCCCUAGGAUUGCUGCAGAACCGAAACAAAACAUCUACGCCUAUUAUAUCCAAGCAGGAACGAUCUAUGAAUUUCACAAACUGUUCUGAAAGUAGGGACGACACUUCCUUCCAAUCGGAGAAUGGAUUUUCGAGAGACACCAGCCAAAUUUCAUCCAUCCUAAACAAUCAGCCCUUAAAACAAGAAGAUGAAUCUGUUUGUAACAUAUACAAAGAAGACAGUAAUUAUUAUCAUCAAAAAUUUUCGGAAUAUGCGAAUACAAGAACUCAAAUAGAUGAAAAAACAACAAGAAAUGUUUCUCAGAAGGAAAAUGAUCAGAAAGAUGACAAUUCCUUCUUUAAUCAAGAUGGACAUAUUAUCCCUAAAGUAUUCAUUUUACAAGGACCUAAUAAUGAAAGUUUAUCAUUUGGUGAAGAAGACAAAAAAUAUGACGACAUCUUGGAAGAAACGAGAGAGUUUUUGAGCCAUUCGGCUGACAUAUUUUUCGAAGAGAUUGAUGUAUUAGAAAUCUCAACCGAAAAUGAUCAAACCAACAGGAAAUCCCACCAAGAAAUUUCUGAAAAUGUCAUUUCCAUAUUGAAGGAUGAAAAAAUUUCUUCCAGACAACAGAAAAACACCCCAAAUGAUGAAAUUGUGAUUCAAGGCACACAGCUGACGCUCACAGAUAGAUUUGGGGUCAAUUUAAAUGCACCCAUUAACAUUGAAAUGGAGGGACAUAUCACUCAAUCAAAUAAUUGCUCACUUAAAACCAAAAUAAAAGAACAUAUGGAUGAGAACUGUUUGAAUUCAGUGAUAGCUGACAACAAAAAAUAUGUAAACGAUCGUAAUUCUACCAAUAACUGUUGUGAAAAAUACCCCACUGAACAUUUCCAACCACCCAAAAACUUGUUUGAAGAAUCUGAUUUGGAUAGCUACUUGAACAAUAAUCUUACCAUUUCAAAAGAACAGUUAGAAUUGAAUAAAUACCAGAAUAAAGCAAAUUCAUUAGAAUAUAACAUGGACAAAGAUGAAAAUGGAAGUAAACAUGAACAAAAUUCCUUCAAAACAGUAACUGAGGAAAAAACUGAGUCCAGCAGAAAGAAUACCGUAUCUACCAGCCUUUCAGAGGCGAGUAGAAAAAGGAAUUUAGAAAAUUCCUCUUCCACAACCACUUCACAUGGACCUGAAGAACGAAUAAAUAACAUCAAAAAUAACCUUGAGAUUUUCAACCAAAAUGAUUUUCAUCAUUCGAAUACGUUCAUGGAAUCUCCCAGAAAUAACGAAAAAAUUCAAGUAGACAAAUCUCUUAUGGAAAACGAUGACUCAUCUGGUGAAACUUGUAGUGGAGACAAAGGUACUACCAGCAUUUCUGAUGCUAGUAGGAGAAGAAAUUUGGAUAAUCCUGUUUCUACAUCGUCAUCUGAUGUCCAAAGAAUUUACGUCAAAGAUAAAUACAAGGAUUCAGAUUCUUCAUCCGAUAUAAGAUCUAAAACGAAUUAUAAUAAGCAUCAAAUAACAGAAAUUAUCGAAAGAUACUCGAAAGAUUCUAAUGAUAAUGAUGACAAAGAGAAUAGAACAAAUUCAAUAUAUUAUGAAACAGCAGUUGAUACAGAUCUGUCAUCUAUAAGCAAACGAAGGAAUUUGGAUCGUUUUCCCUCCAGGAAGACUAAUAGUGAUGAUGAAUACCAAGGAAAAUGUGAAGAAAAUAAAAUGAAAGAGACUGAUCACAAAAUAUUUGAAUAUUCUACAAAUACUUUGUCCGAAUUAUCCUCGAUCCCAUUUGAAAGUGAUUUGGAAUCAUCCAAUAUAAAUAAAGGAAAAAUUGAUACAUUUCUCAGCAAUACUUCUGAUGAAAUUGGUGAAACUUCAAAAAAUAAAGACGGAAAAAGUAAAAUGAACGAAAAAUCUGAAGAAUUUUCUACAUCAAUCAACGAAGACUCGUUGAAUCCUGACGGAGCUGCUUCAGAAACCUCUGAAUCGAGACGAACUACAAAAAGAAAAUAUCUUGGUUACAGGCGGAGACCUAAAGAACAACAGCAAGUGAAGAAAACAAAAAAAGAAGAAACUAAAAAAUGCAAAUCGAUAUUCAAACCGGUUAAGCUAACCAAAUAUCAGAUACGAGAAGAAUUCGACAAGCAAGAUCAAAUAGUUUUGGAAGAAAACCUAGACGUUGAAGCCUACAAUAAAUAUUUGCUUCAACGAAUGAAUAGACCUUCGAUAAAACAGAUCCAGAACGCUGAACAUAUUGCAACAUUUCGGAAAACCCAAAAUGGUACCAUAAUACUGCCGACAAAAAAACAAACAUAUAAACCGAGGAAAGGAACAAAGACUAAAAUUUUCGACAGUAACACACUUAUCGAUGUUUCUAUAUUCAGCGAUCAGAAUGCGAGUAAGAUGUCCGCAUUUUUAGCUUCUAACGAGAGGAAUUACAAUAGAUUUGAGUUCAAACCAGAUAAUCAAGGUUUUGUGGGUUUCGGUGAUGAUUCGUUAUCCCGAAGUAUAAAUUUUUGUAGUCAAUUCAUGCAGAGGAGGAAGAAAGUAGAGUUUAAUCGGUCCAAGAGUUUCGGGGAGUUCAAAUUUCAAGAUUUCACUAGGAUAAGUCGAAACGAUAGUUUUAGAUUGGAUGUGGCUGUGCAAUCGCAACAAAGUGAUUCUAGUAUUAAUUUUCUGCCGAAUGGAUUUUUCAAGGAGAAUAAGAGCGAUAUCGAUAGAAUAUGUUCCAAGUAUUUGGUUGGUUCACCGCUUAGGUUUCAGAGAACAAACACAAGUCCUUUGUUAUAGUAUUUAUUUCGUUGUGUUAAUUCUUGAUAGUUUAUUUCUGUUCAAUAAAUAAUUCAAUUUAAA